GGAAACCUAACAGCAGGCAUCAGCCGGCCUCAGACCCGGGCCGGCGGGUCGAACAUGGACAGCCACUACGGGGGCAUCGAGGGCGAAGGCCGAGCCGAGGAAGGCCUGGCCGGGCAGUCGCUCGAAAUCAAGGUUAGCUCCGAACCUCUGACUCCGGCCAACCCUGUAGAGCAGGAGCCAGAGCCGAAGCCAGAGCCGGAGCCGACGGGAGGGCCGGAGCCUGAGACCGAGACCCAGGCGGUGUCGGACAGCUCAAAAGCGAAGGCUUCGGAGGGGAGCGAGUACGCGCAAGUUGAGGUCCCGGAAAGUCCGGGGGCCGCUGAGACCGCGGGCGAGGCCGUCUCCCCAGAGCCAGAGAGUCUGCCACAGACCCAGCCCAAGACCAAGCCGGAGUCCAAGGAACCAGAGGACAAAGACGAGGACGAGGAGGACGAGGAGGAGGAUGAGGACGAGGAUGAGGACGAGGAUGAGAACGAGGAACCCGACAGGCCCGAGAAGCAGAAGGGCAAGGGGAAGAGGGAGAAGAGGAAGGAGUCACGGUUCCGGCCCUCUCUACCGUUGACCACGAUUGUUGAGGAGGGGGCUGCUCCAGGCCCACGAGCUGCCAAAGAGAAAGCAAGGGGGUCACUGAAGAAGAGAGACAGUGAAGAGAUCGAGGCGACAGAUCGAGAACGACCCCAAAAAAGCACAGAAGAGCAACUUCACCCUGGAGAGGCGAAGGAAGAGGAGAAACAAAAAGUCGAGAAAGGGGCGUCCACUGAAGAGUUUGAGUGGACGGCGGACAUGCGGAAGCUGCAAGAGCAGCAGCUGCGCGGUGAGCUGGUGGAACAGUACCACUCCCUGCUAGUGGAGCGGAACCGUUAUCAGCGCUACAACAUGUACCUCCAGCAGAAGAUUCACGAGACCCUACGCAAGAAGGGGCUGGAAGCAGCGGCGGAACCUGGGGACAAGAGCGCUGAACCCGAAUCUCCCGAGAAAGAGCAAGAGUACUUGCGCUAUCUGGCCAUGCUGGAGGAACUGAAGAAACAAGAGGCAGACGACUUAGAGUGGUACCGCCAGGAGGUGCGUGAGCUGAAGCAACAGUGCCAGGAGAAGCAGACCAGGGUGGAGAAAGAGUGGCGGCGCUUCCAGGCCCUCAAGAAGCAGGUGAUGAUGCAGGUCAUGGGCAGUUGCCGCAUGCGCGGUGGGCGCCAGGCUGCCCUGAGAGAGGUGGAACAGCUUCAGGCCCUGGAGGAUAAGAAGGAGAAGGAGAUGAGCGCCGUGCGUCUCGAGAAUGUGCAGCUGAAGCAGAGCCUGGUACACUUUGAAACCAGGAUGAAGGCCCAGGAGGACUUGGCUGAGGGGCUGCUCCUCAUCGACUUUGAACAGCUCAAGAUUGAGAACCAGACCUUCAACGAGAAAGUAGAGGAACGAAACGAGGAACUUUUAAAACUGCGCACUAAGGUGACCAGCAACGUGCAGAUUAUAACACACGUGAAGGAAAAGCUGUCUUUCAUAGAUACGGAGAACUCAUGCAAAAAGGCACAACUUUCGGAAGUGGAUGCCCAGGUGGCCCUAGGAAGAGACCUGUUGACAAAGACAAAACAAGCCCGAGAUAGCCUGCGAAUCGACAACGUCAAGCUGAGUCAGAAAUGUGGGCUUCUGGGUAAGGAAUCACUCCUCCGAGAUUUGGAAGAAAAGGUGGAGAAGACAGAAAUGCUCAACAGGCGCCUGGAAUCCCUGAAGCGCCAUCAUGCUGGGCUCGCCUUGUCCUGCAAAGGGGUGAAGCAAAAGAUCAGGGAGGCCAAAACGUUCCUCCCCUCUUGACAGUCCUUGACAGGACAGUUGGCAAAAACUUCUGCAACUCCAGAAACUCUUACUCUCUUCUGCCUCUGAUUGUCCAUUCUGUAGAACUUUGGGUGCAACUUUAUUUUUGAUCUGUUUUCCAGCUUUCAAAUUCCUGAUGAACACAUCCAGCUAGCAGUAGCUCUACAUGAGCUUAAGAAAAAUAUAUCUAGAGAGUGGGGUGAUUGAAUUGACUUCUAGUGAAAAGCCUUUAUAGCCAAGCAGCCCCAGUCUAAAGGGGUGUUAGAACUGUCUCUUGCCUAUGUCUAAGGAUGACUUAAAGGUUCAAUGAGUGGGCAAGGUACAGAAAAUCUCUCUGCACUGAUCUGAUGACUCAAGUCAUCUUUGUACUAAUUAAACUUAAGAGUGUUGAAUCACUGUCCUGAUUAGCUCACAAAUUCUCAUCUCUCAGUGUGCAGGUGCAUGUGGUCAUAUGAAGGCCUGAGGAACAUAUGGGGCAUCUCCUGUAUGCCACCUUGAUUUUUUUCAGACAGGGUCUCUUACUCAACUGGGACUUUGCAGUUUGGGCUAGUCCAGCUAGCAUGAUGAUUCUGGGAUCUGCUUGUCUCUGUUCCCCAACACUGGGGUUACAGUCACGCAAGGCCACGUCUGGCUGUUUUAUGUGGAUGCCAGGGAUUUGAAUUCAGAUCCUCAUGCUUUUAAAACAAGCACUCUUACUCUGAGCCAAAACCUGCAUCGGCAAUCUGACUAUUGGCACUGCAUACCUCUGCUUCCUUCAGAUGACAUAACAUACUUUGUUUGCUGAAAUAUAUUGGCUUUGAAGUCAAUGACAGUUCAUGGCUUGAAAACAUUUUAUAUCACACCAUACAAAUGCAUUACCGAGGACAGUUCAAAAAGCUGACUUCUUCCAUCCCCCUCACUUAGUUGCUAGUUUUGGGUUUUCCUCUACCCGAUCCUUCAAGGCCAAAGCAGUUGUCUUUGUGCCUCCAACUAAGAGCAGAGGGACUCACAGUAUUAUGUAGCUGGGGAGGCUCCUGAGGCAUUUUCAUUGUGAUGGUAUCCUAGAGAGUUUUGAUUCAUUCUGCUGAUUCCUACCCAUCAGCCAUGCAACUGAAUGCUUCAUCCUGAACACUGAACAUGGUGGG